AUGGCCGCACUGAGCAGUCCCCGAUGCCUGUUCAACUCACGCGCCGCCCUUAAGCGGGUGUUUUCCCUCUCCGCGGCCCCAGUACCGGCACGACACCUCCCUCCGGCCGGCCACGUGCUGUCACCGAGCCAGACGCGCGAAUACGCCGCCGCCCCUCCGCGACGCGGCCCUCGCGGGCACCGCUCGAUCGACCAGGCCGACGGCGGCGCCGCGGCGGACGACCGGGGUUUCAGCCCGCUGUUCACGACGGCGAAGGACAUUGAGCGGUCGCAGAAGGACCGGAUGCCGCAGGACUUUGAGAUCAAGGACCCCAAGAUCAUGGUGCUCGAGAACGGGUCCAUCGCGGGCCCGCUAUCGACCAAGUACGUCCUGAGCAAGCUCGACGAGAAGACGGAGUCGCUGCGGAUGAUCCGGCCCUACGUCCCCAGAGGCGCGCCCCUCCCGCGCAAGGGCAAGGUAGAGGAGGGGAGUGCGAUCGCCGCCGCAGACUCCGCCGCCGCCGCGGUGACGCAGCAGGAGCAGUUUGCGCUGUGCGAGAUUGUCAACAAGCUCGAGGCCUUGAAGCGCGAGCGCGAGCGCAAGGAGCGCAAGAAGGCGGCGACGGCGGCGAGGCCGAAGACCAAGGAGAUGGAGCUGACGUGGUCGAUCAGCGAGCACGACUUGCAGACGAAGCUGCGGCAGCUGGGCGGGUUCCUGGAGAAGGGGUGCAAGGUGCAGCUGGUGCUGGGGAGCAAGCGCGGGAGCAAGAGGGUGGAGGAGGCGGCGAUGCGCGCGCUGGUGAGGAGGGUGCAGGAGGAGGCGAAGGGGCUGGGCGCGAGGGAGGGGGGGGAGGCGAAGGGCGAGCUGGGCAGGACGAUGAGGAUGCAGUUUGAGGGCGUGGUGAAGAAGCAGACGUAG